AACACGACCAUCUGGACAGCUGCUAAUGACGGAUACGAGGUUCUCAAUAGUGACUUCCUCAUCCACCAUGGUCUCAUCAAAUCCAUUGGAGAUGUUCCUCUUUCCUUGAUUCAGAAGGUUGAGUUAAAACAUGGCAAAUUGGAGGAUGUCGAUGUUCAAGGAGCGUGGGUGACCCCUGUGAUUGUGGAUUUACAUUCCCAUAUUGGUGUUGGUAGCAUGCCUGAGCUAAAUGAUGUGUUAAUUUGCUACUCUACAAUAGCUAUAAGGUACCAUUUCCUGCAGGUGUGCAGUAUAGACAGCUUGAACACCCAUGACACAUCAUAUGAACUUGCCAUAGCUAGAGGUGUCACAAUCGUGCAAUUUCUCCCUGGGAGUGCA